AUGGGGCUUUUUACUCUCACGUUGUUAGCUAGCUUGAUGGCAAGCUCUGCGGGAAAGUGUGUUCCCAAUAAAGCAGAUGUCAUUAUUGUUCAUUGUUAUCCCAAAUCUAUUGUGGCCAAGAUCCCUGAGUGCCCGUACGGAUGGGAGAUCGGCCAGCUGGCUCUUGGUGGGGUGUGUUAUAAUGGGAUCAUCGACUCCGGUUAUUAUCAAUUCACCAUUCCCGAUCUAUCCCCAAAGAACAAGUCCUACUGUGGAACGCAAUCUGAUUUCAAGAACCCAAUCUACCAUUUUUAUAACUCAAUAGUCUCCAACGACAGCAGCAUGAUCGUCAAAAGCCAGCCGGUGAAUUACACUUUUACCUGCACUUAUCAGUCCAAUUAUCUGGUCAGCCAUGCUGCCUUUGACCAAAGAGUAGCCACAGUCCAUGUGAAGAAUGGGAGUUCGGGAUCAUUUGAAAGCACACUGUCUCUCAAUUUCUACUCUAACGGCAAGUUUUCCACCCUAAAAGAAGCUCCAUUUGUGGUGGAAACAUCAGACAUCGGAUCAGAUGUAUUUGCCGGGGUUGAGGCCAAAGGAAUUAGCAACAGGUUUAAGGUUGUUUUAAACUAUUGCUGGGCCACCCCAUCUCCUGACUAUGCGUAUCACAUUCAGUGGCAGCUGAUAAGUAAGAGUUGUCCAUCAGAUGACACUAUUAUAGUGCAUGAGAACGGGAAGAACAGCCGUGCAACUUUCCAGUUUAGUGCCUUCCGCUUCCAGAACGUCCCCAAAUUAUCCAAAGUCUGGCUGCACUGUGAGACGUACCUGUGUGACAGCGAGAAGUUCUCCUGCCCUGUGACAUGUGGAAAACGGAAACAGCGGAAGGAACAGACGGGAGGCGUCUUAGUGGCGGAAUUUGUACUGCAAGGUUCUGCAUCCGUCAUCUCUCCUGGCCUUGCAGGUAAUGUUCUGCAGUGA